AUGGCGCUCGACGUACCGACCCCGACACUCGACGCCGUCACCAGAGCGUGCUACGCGCGCGGCCUCGCCAGCGAGACGUGGCUCGCCUUGGUGCGGCAAGCAGCCGAGGCGGCGCAGCUAGACCACGUCGAGCUCGAGCGCCAACUGAGCGCCGCCCUCGUCGCCCUCCUCGCCUCGGGCACCGCCGCACCGACAGCCCCUGCACCGCCACUCGUCGCAGCCUACCUGUCUGUCGCGCUCGACGCAAGAGUGUGCGGGCCCGCCGCCGUCGCCCGCGCCGUGUGCGCUCCCCCCUCCUCCUCCUCCACCUCCUCCUCCGCAACGCCGCUCUCCCUCGCCGCAACAGAGGCGACCCUCCGCGCCAUCCUCCUCUCUCUCGACUCGCCCCCAGCGCCUCCCCCAGCUCUCACCGCACCCGCGCCCGCUCCCCCUCCCCUCCUCGACCCCACCACCCCGCUCCCGUCCGCCCUCCUCCCCCUCCUCGACACCCUCGUCCCGCUCCUCCUCGCCGCGCACCCGCGCCGCGCACCCUGCACGGCCGCGUACCUCGCGCGGGUCCUCCGCGGCGCAGCGCAGGCGGCGGAGCGCGAGGGCGAGGGCGAGGGCGAGGCGGAGCGCGAGCUGCUCGCCAAGCGCGUGCGGCGCGCGAGGGCCUCGCUCGAGGGCCUCGACGAGGCGCGCGAAGUGGGCGCGGCGCUGAGCGCGCUCGAGGAGCGGCUCGCGCCCGGCGGCGGCGGGGCGGGUCCGGGCGCGGUCGCGGCGCUGGGCGAGCGGGCGAGGGGCGCGUCGGGGCGGGGGCGCUGGUGA